GGUGGGUUAGAGGAGAGCCAUAAAGGAUGUCUCUGGCACUGAGAUUUCGUCACCUGCCCUCCCUGCUUUCUCGUUCCGCGCUGGCGGUGACACGGGGGCUGCCGCAGGCUCCCGCAGGCUGCCCGGCCCUGCUUCUGGAUGGCUGCAGGCACUGUGUCCAUCAGAUGCUGCUCACCAGACAGAUGGCUACUAAAAAAGCUAAAGGUAAAGGGCAGAGUCAAGCCAGAGUGAAUAUCAGUGCUGCCCUAGUUGAGGAUAUUAUCAAUCUGGAGGAAGCCAGUGAAGACAUGCAGGCAGUGGUGGAAGCUCUGAAAGAAGAUUUCAGCAGAAAUCUCAGUGUUAGAACCUCAACAGGGGCCCUUGAUCACAUAAUGGUGAUGACAAAAGACGGGAAGUUUCCGCUGAACCAGCUGGGGCAGAUCUCACAGAAGUCACCGCAGCUCGUUAUAGUGAACAUGGCUGAUUUUCCAGAGAGCACAGCUGCAGCGACCAAGGCUAUAAGGGAAAGCGGCAUGAACCUGAACCCAGAAGUGGAUGGGACAAUAAUUCGGGUGCCAAUUCCUAAGGUAACGAGAGAGCACAGGGAGAGCCUGGCCAAGCUUGCCAAGCAGUCCACCAACAAGUCCAAAGAGGCCCUGAGAAAGGUGCGAAGCAAAAGUGUGAACCAAGUAAAGAAGUUCAAGAACAAAGUGUCUGAAGAUACUAUCUGGCUGCUAGAAAAGCAGAUCCAGCAAAUGGCAGACGACACUGCAGCGGAGAUGGACAAGCUGCUGGCAGCAAAGACCAAGGAGCUGCUGGGAUAAGCUCCAUCCCUACAGACACACUCCCUCCUCGAGGAAGAACGGACUGCCACGCACCCCAGCACCCAUCCCUGCCUGGAGUCAGCAGCCUCGGGAGACAGGCAGGGGUGGCUCU